AUGCAUUUCCAGCUUGCCACCCUUGCUCUAUUCGUCCUCAGUGGCAUCACCAAUGCCCUGCCGAACCCAGGCGAAACUCCCACUGGCUACGGGGGCACCACCACCUCUACCUGGGGCACCAAAACGAAGGAAACCUCCACCACCUCUACUUGGGGCACCACAUCCACUUGCACCCCCUCAACCGGCUAUAGCUACUCCACCGGCUACUCGACUUACUCCACUGUCUCCGUGACCACAGUCCCCUCCACCAGCUACAGCACCACAACCUCCACCACAAUCAAAACUCUCCCCCAAACCCACAUCCUCCCCACCACCUCCUACGAAACCUUCUACACCACCAUUCCAGGCGUCCCCAUCACUUCGACCUCCUACACAACCAAAACUUUCACGACAGAAAUCCCUUGCGGAACGACCACGUUGCCCGGAAAAGAUGUUGUCAACACUGUGACGAAAACUUCUGUCGGCGAGUUUACCAAGACGGAGGAUCUUACGGAGACGAUUACGCAGAUUGGUACGAUUGCUGUUACGACGGGGCUGGAGGAGUCGACGACGGUUUAUGGGAGUUUGGAGGUUACGGAUAAGGUGGCUUAUACGACUUGUGUGGCUGGGGCAGGGGGAUAUUGGCGUUGA